AAAACUCGUUUGUGUACAAAGUGGCAAACGACUGGAUCUUGUCCUUAUGCUGAUCGAUGCAACUUUGCACAUGGCGAUCAAGAGCUUCAGAAGGUAUGUCAUGGGCGAAUGCAUGCCAAAAGCGUUACGGGAAUUUGCAUGAACUGGCAGCAGAACAACGGGCAUUGCAGCUAUGGUGCCAGAUGUAAUUUCGCUCAU